AUGACCAAACACAGCUUUAUGGAUAACAUCCUCAACCGUCCCUCGCAGAGGUACGCUGAGCCCCUCGAUGCCAAACACUCCAGAAACGCGCGCUACCAGACGCCCUCCGACCUCCCCAAUGCGCCCAACAGACCCGAUUCCAUCCUUGCCGGCAACAUGUUCAAAGCAGCAGGUGCCGGCUCGCUCAAUCACGCCGGCCAAACUUACAGCCAGGCACCUUCCGUCAUGUCAGGGAGGAGCAACACCAGCCGUUUUAGCAUCUUUCGUAAAAAGGCUCGUGCCCCCUCCAUCUCCGGUGGCAGCGUCUACUACGAUGGCGCCAGCAGUGUCGCACCAACAGAUGUCGGCGCAAGUCCAAGAAAGUCUCGAUGGUGGGAGAGCGGCACUGUGACGCGCAACAACUAUUCUUCCCGUCCCCCAAGCGUUGCAGGAAGCGUCUUUUCCGAGCCUGAAGUCGCCAAUCCCUCCGCUUUCCCUUCGAUCUCGGAUUCGCUUAGAGGCACAGCUCCUCGUGGCGCACGAAGCGACUAUGGCGGUCACACGUCGAGCAGAAGGCGCUAUUCGUCCCAGCCUGCCGUACCUCCGCUUCCGCCAUUGGCAAGCAAGGCCUCCAUGUCCUCCAUGAGACGCCAAUCUGGCGUUGCUCCGUUGGGACAGCAGCAGCAUACUCUCAUGCACCAAGCCUCUAGCCCUGCCAUAGCCAGAUCGCCUAGCAUCUCCCAAUCCAAUGCCGACCUUGCCCGUCCCGUCAGUCCAGCUGCUUCCGUAGGGCGAGCACGCAGUCCGAGUCGAGCUGCUGCCACCGGCUCUUCCGACUGGAACUCGUUUGUCAAGUCCAUGUCCGGCACCGAAGUCGCCAAAACGUGGGAGACCAUGCCCACCUUGGCGCCCCAGCCGCCUCGCAGUUCAGAAAAGCGCAGCAGCGUCGUAGCCAGCCGCAUCAGGAAGGAGCUCGAGCAGGAUGCGCAGUUCCAGCAGCUUCAGCGCGACCCUGGCAUCGUCCACCAAGACCUCUUGGCGCGCGCCGCUUCCCAGGUCAUUGGCGAGAUGCCACCAACGCCCAUCUCGCCGCUCUCCGAGCCUCACCUCGCUCCCGCCGUACAUUUGCAGCCAGGCCAGGUGGUCGCGCCCAUCUCGCCCGUCUAUUCACCCGUCACAUCUAACUCGUCCCUCAACGUGGCCCAGCAACCCACUGCCAUGUCGCCACAAGCCUCCACCGUCUUGUACGGAACAGCAGCACCGGCGCUUGUCCCGGUGCCGCAAACCGUGCCAAUGGUUCCUUUGAUCCAUUCGCCGCAGCCACAGCAACACUACGUGCAUCCUCAAUCUCUGUCACAACAACAGUACGGCGAGGCUGUGCCGGUUUCAGCAAUCCAGCCAGGUUCGGUUUUCGUUCCCGAAGCCGUCUCUGCCACUGCACCGCAGCAGUACGUCCCUGUGCCAGCGUCGCUUACAGCGCAGGUCCCGGUGCAGGUCUCUGUGGCGGCGCCUACUUCAAUACAACCGGUACAGGAAUCUCCUGCCCAGACUUUCGCUCCACUUGCAGUACCCACUCGUCGCGCAGCCCCUCAGCCUGUGGACACUCUUCAAUACACUGCACCGGAGCCGACCUUGCCCUCGACUGUGGCUUCUCAAUCAGCUGCGCCGGUUCCUACUGACAUCUCAGCGGCAGCAGUCCCGGCACCAGCCACCACCGCUCAGUACCUUGCCGAUCGCGUCGAGGAACAAGAAUCUGCCGACGGACAAGCUGUGCCCGAAGAACAGGAGGCCGCAUCAUCCGAGGAGUCUGAAGAGCCCGACGACACGACCUCAGACGAUGGUCUCGUUGGCGGUGGUCAGCCCACACUGGACGUGGUUGCCGAGGAGGACGAGGAAGGCUCGAGCGUCGGCCACAACUUUCAUCACGAGAUGCGCAUGCGCAACACGGCCAAGGGCAAGGGUCCCAGUCGUAACUACGACGAUUUUGAGGCUCGCCUGCACCGUCGACAAGCUUCUACGCAGAGCCAACCAGACGACACACGCGAUGACGAGGUUCCUGUUGCUCCUUCUGGUGUAGAGAUUCAUGUGACAGAGCCUCCCACCCAGGACCUACCCAUUGCACCGCAGGCAGAGGUACUCAAGGCCGAGCCAGCACUUGAUAAAGCUGUUACGGCACCGCUGCUCGUCGCUUCCCAGAGGCCGCAGCUCGUCUCUCGCACCUCGGAGUACAGCGAUUAUCAAUCUGCCACGAGCGGCGCAAGCACGCCCACUCCGGGGGAGCCAUCCGACGGCGAAGAUACCCAAGACGACGCAGCAGCAGUCGCAUCCAUCGCACGGGUGCAGCUGCCCACCGAGGCUCCCGAGGAAGGUGCCGAGGCCGACACAGUCUCCCUUGCACCCUCGCAGCGUCCCAGCAUGCGCACUUCUCGGUCUUCCAGGCCAGGAACGAUCCAGCGCCGCCUCAGCGAAGUCAGCUUGGGAACCUCGUUCGCCGUCAGCGGGAUCCUGCGUCGACCCGCUUCGUCUCGGCGCUUCACUGGUGACGGCGACUCAGAUUCUGGCGCUGAGCUUUCGGACGACGAUGCCGAGCUCAAAGCCAAGGCUCUGGCUGAGCAGGAUCGUCUGCGCAAAAUGAAUGUUGGUGAUGAUUUCUUUGGCCCCCCGCUUUCAACCAUGCUCGACAAGUUUGACCGAUACAGCUACUCGGACUCCACUGUCAACAAGCUCAAGCGCGAGCCUGACCAACCCUCAACCCUUUCAGAGGCCAGAGGCGACUCUUUCGUCACCGGUCCUGCUGCCUCUGCCUCUACCGCAUCAGCCAACGGCGUCGGCGUUGACGCACAACAGGCCAUCAACGCGGUGCGACAAAAGCGUGCUGAAGCUGUAGCAGAAAACAAGAGGCGGAACAGCGCCGACACUACUGCUCUUGCUCCAAGCUUUGCUGCUGUGUGGCUCCUCAACCAGGCGCAAGGCCCAAAUGAAUCGGCCCCAACCCGCGCUCUUUCCGACGAGGAAGGCGAUCGAACUAUCACGGCCUCGACGCUACUCAAGGGUGCCUCCAACCCCACGCUCUCUUCCACCGGAGCCAGCUCGGAAAAGGUCAAAGAAUCUGUUCUCAACCGACCGCGACCAAAAUCACAGCGACCGCAAGAGAUGGGCGGCGUGUCCAUCUCGGAAGGCAGGCUCGAGGCCGACAGGCCGCAGGCUCCGGUCGAAGUCGAAGACACACGCAGCACCUUGCCCAUCUCACUCUCCCAGCGCAGCAUGCAGAGUGCGGAUGUGGCGGCGUCAUCGCCUCAGAGCAAGCAGACCACGCCUGACAAGCCCCCCGCCAUCGUUGCCAGCAAGGACAAGCCUGCUCCUGCCAAGUCGGCCAUGAAGCCGAAGCCCACCAAAUCGCUCGCCGACACGCUCUUUGGCAUCAGCUUCCGCUCUCCCGGCAAGGAGAAGAAGGAGAAAAAGGAGAAAAAGGAGAAAAAGGACAAGAAGGACAAGAGCAAGCACAGCCGCAAGGUGUCGGUCGACUCGAUCGGUUCCGCCUCUGUCAAGAGCGAUCGUUCAUCGAUCGCCGAUUCGUCCAAGCAACGCUCAAGCACCGAUACUGCCGCAAACUUCGCAGGCGCAACUUCGAGUGCGUCGGUGCCCUCGUCUCCUUCGCCGUCUGCCAAGGCUUUGGGCAAGCAACGUACUGCCGACGAUGCCGCCCCGACGACGGCGUCGCAGCAGCCGACGGGCCUGACGUCCUCUGAGACCUACCACACCUUUGCCACUCCUCUGCAGAGUAUGGCCAACCUGCAGGGUGCUGUUGGUGCAGAGGCGUCACCGGAAAAGUUCCACACCGCCCAUGACCUGAAGGCUCUGGCGGAUGCGACCAUCCCUUCCUACCCAGCCGAUCCCAAGCCGGUGCCAGCAAUGCCAAACGGUGCCGCUGCUGCUGAAGCCGACGUGCGCCCAGAACACCAGCGAAAGCUGUCGGAGCAGAUGAAGGAGAUGGACGGUUUCGGCUCGUUUGCACUUCCACAGCUCGAGCAGCGUGCAGUGGCUGCACCAGUUGUUGAGCGUUCCGAGGACAGCGCUGCACCGAGUUCGUCGGAACCGAGCCUCGCUAGCACCAUCCCCACCUCACCGGAAAAUGAACCUGCAUCCAACGCUCUGGAUACAGACAAAGCCGUCGUGACAGAGGUCCCAGCGUCUGAGUCGUCGAAAGCCCUUCCAUCGUCACAGCCUAUGGAAGCGUUCGAAAGGAAGCUGCCCAUGCCUCCUCCGCGAGCUGUCGAGGAAGUCAUGGCUCCCUCCCAAGACGACCGCACUCCUACUGGCAAACCUCAGGCCAUUCCUGGUGUCGGCAUCAACCUCAUCCCUCCCACACCGCCAGCGCUCGAGUCCCGCAAUUCGUUCGCUUCCUCGCAGGUGCCCGGCACGCCGACCAUCGCCGAGCAUGACGAGUCGGUCUCUCCUCAGCGUCCGCCGCUCAUGUCGAGGUCAUCCAGCCAGCGCACGGCUGUACAUGCCGACUCGAAAGCCGACGCUGCCAGCGACGGCCUUUCUCGAUCCAGGUCGAUGGCACCGGCCAAGAAAGGCAUGUGGCAGGAGUACAAGGGCAAAGGCCUUAGCCUGCCACCUGGCCUUGUCGCCACCACGAUCGACUCGUCGCAGCUGCGUCGAAAGUCGUCGUCUUCGUCUCAGCCUGCUGCUGCCACCUCGGCCUCUCGAACGAGCACUAACCACACGGAACGGGCUUUGCCUGCUUUGCCUGUCGACCCGACCAUCGGUCAGGUUGUAGCGACUGCGCCGCCGUCAGUGCUGGAGUCUCCUCCGCGUCACUCGCGCUCAGCCUCGUCUCCGGGUCCCAAGAUGAAGCGCUCGAACGGGUCGCUGAGUCCGUUGACUCAAUCUCCGACGAUGAACAGGCUCAUGGCCGAAGCUCCUCCCGUGCCACAGAUCCCCGCUGGGUAUCAGGCGUCCUCAUCCGUCUCGGGAUCGUCUUCUCGCCUCUACACACACAGCGUUGCUUCGUCUGAACAGGCUUGGGAUAGUCGUUCUGCCUCUCCUGCACCUAGUGCGGUGCCCAGUCAAUCUGGUCGUUCGGUCGCCUCCCACGUCUCGUCGAGCGUCCACUCGGCGUCGUAUCGCAGCAGUCCGCGACCAGAGUACUCGUACGUCAAUCAUCACGAGCUGUCGCCAUACGCCAAAAGGAUGCGCUCGCUGUCGCCGAGCCCAGCCCUCCCUACUUUGUCUCAGACGGGCAACCGUCACUCGCUCAUGUCGGCGAUCAAUGAGUGGGAGAGCCAAGUGCCAGAGACAGAAGAGGCGGCCGCUGGCCCGUCGCCGUACCCGUCACGCCCCACUUCGCCGUCGCCAUACCCGGCGCUUCCGGCUUCGACCGUGUCGCGAAGUAGCUCGGUUAUCAGCGCCGUCAGCUCGCCUGCGGUGGUGCGUAAUGCGCCUUUGGGAGCAUCGACGAAUCAAUACCUACACCCUCCCAUUCCCCGUUCUCGCAUGUCGGUCGACGGGUUGUCGGCAGUUAGCGAGUCGGCCAUCGAGUCGCUCAACCCUCCCUUGGUGGUGGGACACCUGACCGGGCCAUCAUCCGAUAGCAGCUCUUCUCCUUCGGCUUCGCAGUCUGCAUUGAGCCUGACCAGCACGAUCCCCACUUCGAUGCCUACAGUGCCGACGAGCUACCGACCCAACAAGGAUCCGAAGCGGUUCAGCACCAAUGCGGAUGACCUGCUCAACAACCGCACGACGAUGCAGAGCAUUGCGGUGACGAGCGGUGCGUUUGCCAGCAGGAGCAAGUCGGUGGUCAAGCGCAAGCAGAGUGUUGACCUGAAUGGCGACCGUCGCACCUCGGCGGAUGUGCCCGAGCAUCUGCAGGACGAGUUGUCGCUGACAACGCUUUCCGUGACGGCGCAUACUCCUCCGCCACGCAAGAUCGGCUCGCACCAGGUGCUCGUGCAAGUGAUCGCGGUAGCAAUCGACGAGACGGACAAACUGAUGCUGCGCGAAAAGGUGCGAGCCGAGAAUGCAUUCGGCUUUGUGCCAGGGCGCAGCUUCUGUGGACGCAUCGUCGAGUGCGGUUACGAGGUGAAGAAGAUGCGAAAGGGCGAUGUGGUGUUUGGUCUGCAGGACAGCCGCAAAUCCGGAGCGCUGGCCGAGUUUAUGGUGAUCGACUACAACCGUGUCUGCCAUGCUCCUAGCGACUGCCUGACGACGGAGCAGAUUGCGGCGUUGCCGUCGGCGGGUGUGAUGGCACACCAGCUAAUCCAGAACCACUGCCGUCAGCUGCCUAGGGGAGCGCGGGUGCUCAUUCUCAACGCACACGACGGCGUGGGUCUGCUGACGAUGCAGGAGUCGGUAGGUCUCGGAUUGCUGAUCGUGGCUCAGUGUCCGCCGUCGAUCUCGGACGGCGUGGCCGUGUGCCAGGCCAACGGUGCACACGAGGUGGUCAUCGGCGAACCGCUGUGGGCCAUCAACUCGCUGCACGAGUCGUCGUUCGAUCUGAUCGUCGACACGGUGGGUGGACGCAAAGUGUACGACGCCUCGCGCCGCAUCCUUGCCUUUGAUGGCCAAUUCUGCACGUGCUUCGGCGACGAACACGGCACGGCCAAUCCGAACUUGAAGUCACACUUCCGGAGCUUGCGACGCGCGUUUUUCAAGAAGGACAAGAAGAACAUUGGCUACGAAUGGGUCGGCAUUGAUUCGGGCGAGGACUGCAAGGAGGCGCUCGAGGCGGUCAAGCGCGCGGCGGAACAGGGCAACGUGUGCCCGAGGUUGAGGAGCGUCCUGCCGUUUGCGGACGCGUCGAGGGCGUUUGACCCGACAUCGAGGAACGCCAACGACGAACCGGGCGCUAUCGUCGUUCGGGUGUCGUAA